CUUUCUUGACCAUUUGUUUACGGCGGAAAUUUGGUGUCGAAUACGAUUGUGCAACUACGGACGUAUAUAGCCAGCAUGAGUGUUGUUACUAAUGAAUCUUUGAAAAAGCAUGGUUGGAGCGACCUGGCUUUGCGGGCAUAUCAGCUAGAUGGAGUGAACUGGCUACUCAAAUGCUACAGCCACGAUCAUGGCUGUAUUUUAGGUGACGAGAUGGGUUUAGGCAAGACAUGUCAGACUAUUGCAAUGUUGGCUUGGUUAACAAGUACAAGUGGAGACAAGCGACCACAUCUUGUUAUCUGCCCAAGAUCAGUUUUAGAGAACUGGGCAGAAGAGUUCAAAAGAUUUUCUCCAGGCUUGAAAGUGAUCAGUUAUGUGGGAGACAAAGAAACCCGUGCUGAACUUGUCAAUACAAUUAAAAAGUCCAAGCAAGGGCAGACAUACUGCUUUGAUGUAUUGAUAACAACAUACGAGGUGUGCCUGAAAGACUCCCUUUUCCUGCAAUCUUUGUUCUGGCAUGUCCUUGUGGUUGAUGAAGCACACAGGUUAAAAAACUGUGAAUCACUUCUGUACCAGACACUUGAGAAGUGGGACUUUCAUUGCGGUGUGCUGCUCACUGGCACACCUGUUCAGAACAAUCUUCAAGAGCUCUUCUCACUUCUGGCAUUCAUUGACAGAUGCAAGUUUAAGCCUCGACAUGUGGACACAUUUGUAGAGAAAUACAGCCAUGCACAUGAAAUAGAAGAACUGCAUGAACUCCUGAAGCCUUAUCUUUUGAGAAGAAAGAAAGAAAAUGUACUUAAAGACCUUCCAGAGAGAUCUGAUGUAGUGCUGUACCAUGGUCUUAGUGCUCUACAGAAGAAACUGUACAAAGCCAUUCUUACAAAGGAUUUAGAUGCUUUUGAAAACCCUAACACUGGACAGGUGCAUCUGAUGAACAUUCUCAUGCAGCUAAGGAAGUGUGUCAACCACCCAUAUCUUUUUGAUGGUGUGGAGCCAGAACCAUUUGAACUGGGUGAGCAUCUUGUGGAAGCUAGUGCAAAACUAAUGCUGAUUGACCGCCUUCUGAAGUGGCUGAAUGCACUUGGACACAAGGUCUUAAUUUUUUCACAAAUGACUCACAUGUUGGAUGUGCUGCAAGACUACCUUGGCUAUCGAGGUUUUACUUAUGAACGGCUGGAUGGUUCAGUUAGAGGAGAAGAGCGUUUUCUUGCUGUUCAGAACUUCAAUCAGAAUGACGAGACAUUUGUCUUUCUUCUAAGUACCAAAGCAGGAGGACAGGGUCUGAAUCUGACAGCAGCAGAUACUGUCAUUUUUGUGGACAGUGAUUUUAAUCCACAAAAUGAUCUUCAAGCAGCUUCAAGGGCACACAGAAUCGGUCAGAACAGACCCGUGAGGGUGAUUCGACUGAUUGGUAAAAACACGGUGGAACAAAUUAUUUUGAACCGGGCUGAAGAAAAGCUAAAGCUUACAGACAAAGUUAUUGAGAGUGGAGAGUUUUCAGCAGCUGGGAUGUCUGUUUCUAAACCAGCUUUUGUCAAGAAUUCAAAACAGUUACAAGAUAUUCUAAAGUUUGGUGUUGAGAAGCUACUAAGUGAUGACACCCCAGAUGAGAAUAUUGAAUUUUCUCGCAUUUUAGGCCCCACAGUUAACGGAGAGUGGCAAACCACAGAAGACACUGGCAUAAUCCAAGAUGCAGAGGAGGAAAAAAGUUCGAAAGAAGAAGCACCCAAAAACAUAUAUAUGUUUGAAGGGCAUGACUACUCAAAAGAAACUAGUGCAGGCGACAUAGAGGCUUUUGAGGCAUUGAUUAAAUUGGAGAAGACAUCCCAAAGGGAGUCUGCCUCAUCAGAAAGACUUUUACGUGGUAAAGGAACUGCUUUUCUAGCUGACCUUCUUCCUGAGUUGAGCAGGAAACCACGCAAGCAGUUGACACUUGAAGAGCAGGAAACACAAAGGAAAAAGCACAAGGAAGCAGCAGAAAAAAGAGCAAAAAAAUUAUCAGAACAGAAAGAGAAGAAGAGAGAGGAGCUUUGGAAAAAGCACAAUUACACCUCAGUCAACAUUAUGAUUGAGAGUGAGGAUGAAGAUGAGGAAGAGGUAGCUGAAGAAGAGGGAUCAGAGGAGGAUGUGGAUCAGCCAAGAAGAUCAAUACAUUAUGUGAUGGGUGAUGUGACCCAUCCACUUGAUGCAGGAACUUCUGACAGAAUUGUGGUCCACUGUGCUGAUGAUUCUGGAUACUGGGGACGAGGAGGUCUUUUUUCUGCAAUAUCAACACGAUCUCUGAAGCCUCAGGCACAAUAUGAGCUGGCUGGAAAAGUAAAUGAUCUCAAGCUUGGAGACUGUCAUUUAAUUUCAUUAGAUGACGAUAAGGAAAAGGAUGAUGGCCAGGAUAUGCUGGCUUUGAUAGUUGCUCAGACCAGAGACAGAAACAACAGAUUGUCAGGAAUUAAGCUGAUGGCACUUAAAGAGGGAUUAGAGAAAGUCUACUUCAAAGCAAAACAGUUAAAAGCAAGUGUGCAUUUACCUCGUAUUGGCCACGACACACCUGGUUUCAACUGGUAUGGAACUGAAAGGCUUAUACACAAAAUACUAGCAUCAAAGGGCGUUCCAACUUAUAUUUACUACUUUCCUCGAAGACAGAACUUAAAGCACAAGGGUGCUGGUUUUCCACCUCAGCCACCUGCAAAAGUUGCGAAAGUUGUUGAGGGCAAGGUGAAAAACAGCAACUCAGAGGCAGACUCUAGUAUACAAGUACAGAAGGCAUCUGGAUCUGUGAACAAUGGCAGCAGCACUUCCAGCAUGGCACCCUCAGCAUUGCCUGAGUUGUUCACAGGUGUUGCAAUUCACCUGUACAACAUGGACCCAGAGACAAUGACAAAGUACAAGCGCUAUAUCAUUGCUUAUGAUGGAGAUGUUGAUGCCUAUGUGCACGGUAGUACAACCCAUCUUGUGGCAAACGCAGAGACGGACAAAGAGGCAUUAAAGAAAAUCCAGGGAGACCACAAAUGCUAUGUUGUCAGCAGUCAGUGGUUAGAUGAUUGUUUGAAGAGGCACAAGCUGCUUUCUCCUGAUGAUUAUGUAUUAGAAAAAUAACGUCAUCCACAGGACCAUCCAUGGUAACUCAGUCCAGCAAAUAGUUACUUUUUCAGUCAUCUAAAUGAUCAUCUGUAUAUUCUCUGCAACACACUCACAUGCUUACCUACUCUUUCCCCCCCAACCCCACAUAAGGAUUUUGAAAAGUGCUAGACUGUACUUUGUAUCCAUCCAGUAAAAUAGCUAUUAUCAUAUUUUCACAUUUAUUUUGUACAAGCUUAGAAGUGCCUGGAGAAAAAAUAAAACAAGUUAUUGAUAUACAUAUAAGUAGAAGUGUUUGUUCAGUUCUGUCAAGCUUGUAUAUCUUAAUGUACUAUCAUCACUUUCUGUCAGUCCAAUGAUUUUGUAUGCAUGCAUCCACAAAAAGUGAAAGACAGUUAGACAGCAGAUAGAUUUUAGAACCAAACACAAAUGUUACUCUUACAAAUAGAACUAGCAGUGUAACAACUCUUGAGUUAAACUUCAUGGCACACUUUAUUAUAAUAUUCAUUUACUUAGUACUUAAAAAGCAAUUAUAAAAUACAUUGAGAUUGUACGGGAUAAUAAUGCAGUAAAUACUUUAAUGACAUGGAAGAAAAAAUUUAUAAUUGGGAAAUGUUUGUAUUCAAAAGGUUACAGUUAGAUUAAAUUCCAUUAUUUUAACUGAUUAUUGACUACAGUGAAGGCUUAUAGGUGCAUUUUGCAAUAAACUUUUUUGCUGGAAAAA